CUAAUUUGCUAUAACAAUGUCAGGGCCAUGUUAUUUGUACCCCCUUUCUGUUUAAGCUCACACCCCAUCUUUUCUAAUUUCUAAAAUGACAAUAUUACCUUUAUGUCUAUCCUCUCCCUUUUAGCAUUCUUCUCAAAACUCACCCUCCACCGGAAAGCUUCGCACCCUUCUCCCUCCAUCGAAGGGAGAUGGCAACAUCAGCUGGUUCGUGGAAGGGUCUGGAGAGGAUGAGCGUGGAGCAGCUGAAGGCGGUGAAAGAGCAAGCCGAUCUGGAAGUUAAUCUUCUCCAAGAAAGCCUCUCCAACAUUCGCACCGCCACCACCCGCCUGGAGAUCGCCUCCUCCGCCCUCAACGAUCUCUCUCUCCGCCCCCAAGGCAACCAAAUCCUCGUCCCCCUCACCGCCUCCCUCUACGUCCCCGCCACUCUCCACGACUCCCAACACGUCCUCGUCGACGUCGGCACCGGCUACUUCAUCCAGAAGACCAUGCCCCAAGGCAAACAUUACUGCGACCGCAAAAUCAACUUGCUCAAAUCUAACUUUGAUCAACUCCUCCAGGUUGCAUCCAAAAAGAAAAAUGUGGCAGAUGAAGCUGGUGUUAUUUUGCAGGCAAAAUUGAAGCAACUAGAGUCUUCAUCCUAAAAGUAGUUGGUAUAGAAUUUAAUAAUGUUUUUCUUCCAAUGCAUUGUACCAUAGAAAAUUAUAACCAAUGGUGUUAAGGUCAGUGAUGUUAUAUGCUAUUUAAACUUUUUAUUUGUAAACUCCCCUUUUGUUGGCACCUCCAAAAUUUGCUUUCGAACUAUUGGAUGUGCAUUUAGAAAAUGGAGUCAGUCAAUGACAAUUGAAAUUUAGUGGGUAUUUAGGAAUUUAACACUGGUGUUUCAAGUACAUUAUCUCUUAUUAGAGAAGACUGUUGCAGUCUCUGUUAUUUGCGGGCA